CUCAGUUUCCCAGAAUCCCUCAUUUAAUGCCCAACCCAUUCCUGAGUUGUCCCUUCUGUUUAGCUACUAGUUUGAUGGUUACAGCAGUUUGUUAGUGAUGUAAAUCCGCAGCGAAAUUCUUUGCUUCAGUACCAAAAACAUUCCCAUCGCAGACGUGUUUAUGACGUGAUGCGAUCAUAACGGAACUCCGGUCGGCGCUAAACGCACUUUGGCCAAAUCCACAGCCAAUGCUAACUGCAUGAGGCUCACCAGCUGCGUUUUGAGAGGAAGUGUGGUUAAAGUGAACAAAACACAAUAUUAGACAGCUACAGCGUGUUCGUAUUUCAUUCGAUUUGGUUUAUGGACCAGGAUAAAUUGACGCGAAGCAAUAGUUUUCUUAUUUUGAUACGCACGCAUUGUAAUGGGUUGAGUCUAUGAAGACUGUAGAUCUGUUUCAGUCUCAUCUCUUGCUUUCGUCUUUGACCCAUUUGAAUGGUUUAAUCCGUGACGUCACUUAGUUAAUCGUUAAUUUCCGAGCACGCUGAGCGAAACAACAUUCAGUCGCACCGGUAGGAAGUAGCCGGAAUUGAGGAAUGGGGUCUAACGGAGACCUCAACGCAAACUCCGAAUGUCUCGGCAGCACUGGGGACCUGAUCCUGGACAAAGCGGUCAGUCAAUGGAUUACCUGGGAUAAGAAUCGGCAUACACGGGAGCAGAUUGAGACUCUGGUGCGAGAGGGCCAUGUGGUAGAACUGAGAAGGCGGUUGUGCUCCAGGAUGACGUUUGGAACAGCUGGCCUAAGAGCCCCCAUGGGGGCGGGGUUUGCUCGCAUCAACGACUUGACUGUUAUUCAAUCUACUCAGGGGAUGUACAAAUACUUAGCCAAAUAUUUCCCUGACUUAAACACAAGAGGUCUGGUAGUUGGAUAUGAUAUUCGUGCCCAAGCAAGCAGUGGCUGCACCAGUGAACGACUUGCAAGGUUGACUGCAGCUGUUUUUCUUUGUAAAGAUAUUCCUGUCUAUCUAUUCUCUACAUAUGUGCCUACCCCAUUUGUGCCGUACGCUGUGAUGAAAUAUGGAGCUGCAGCUGGAGUCAUGAUCACUGCUUCUCAUAACAGAAAAGAGGACAAUGGAUAUAAGGUUUACUGGCACAGUGGUGCGCAGAUCUCCUCGCCACAUGAUAAGGAGAUCUUGUGUUGCAUUGAGGAGAGUACUGAGCCCUGGGUUGAGUCCUGGAAUGAGGACCUAGUUAAAAGCAGCUCACUAAGUAGAGACCCUCUAGAGGAUGUCUGCCGCUGGUACAUGGAAGAGCUGAGCACUGUCUGCUUCCAUAGAGAACUUAACGCAAAGUCUCCACUGAAGUUUGUCCAUUCAUCUUUCCAUGGUGUUGGUCACAACUAUGUCCAGAGAGCUUUUCAGCAAUUUGGCUUCCCACCUCCUAUCCCUGUUCCAGAGCAGAAAGAUCCCGAUCCAGAUUUUUCCACUGUCAGUUGUCCUAAUCCAGAGGAAGGAGUAUCAGUCUUAGAGUUGUCCCUUCGUUUAGCUGAGAGAGAAGGGGCCCGUGUUGUGGUGGCCACAGACCCUGAUGCUGAUCGCCUUGCUGUUGCAGAGCAUAAUGACAACUGCAGUUGGAAAGUGUUCACAGGAAAUGAGUUGGCUGCAUUGCUUGGCUGGUGGAUGUUGUUUAACUGGAAGGAAGCGCACCCAGACCCAGCAAACACUGAAAGAGUAUACAUGCUGGCCACCACUGUCUCAUCCAAAAUACUUAAGGCCUUUGCACGCAUAGAGGGCUUCCAUUUUGAGGAAACAUUGCCAGGUUUCAAAUGGAUUGGAAAUAGAAUCCACGAGUUAACAAAAACAGGAAAGGAGGUCAUUUUUUCAUUUGAAGAAUCCAUUGGCUUUCUGUGUGGGAACAUGGUUCUUGAUAAGGAUGGAGUCAGUACAGCAGUUGUUGUGGCUGAGAUGGCUGCUUAUCUACACGCCAAAAACCUUUCCUUGAACCAACAACUAUGGAACAUCUAUGAAAUAUAUGGCUAUCACAUCUCCAGAACCUCCUAUGUCGUCUGCAGUGACCCUCCCACUAUUAAUAGAAUAUUUAGCCGUCUGCGCAACUUCGGAGGUCAGGGUGUAUACCCAGGGUUCUGUGGUGGUUACUGCAUCACACACAUCAGAGAUGUGACCACUGGUUAUGACAGCAGUAAGCCUGACAAAAAAUGUGUCCUUCCAUUGUCCAAAAAUAGCCAAAUGGUCACUUUCACAUUUCAGAAUAGCAUUGUUGCUACUCUGAGGACCAGUGGGACUGAGCCAAAGAUCAAGUAUUACACAGAAUUCUGUGCUUCACCAGGAGAACGAGAUAUCUCUAGUCUGGAGGAAGAGUUAAGAAAACUGACAACUGCUCUAGUCGAAGAGUUUCUAGAGCCUGACAAGAACAACCUGAUUCGCAGAUUAGUAUAGCUUUAUUUUAAUUCUCAUUUAAAAUCAGCCCCAAGGGCCUGUCACUGAACUGUCCUGUGAAUGUUGUUUUAUCACUGUGAAAUGAUUUCAAGCAUAAUCACUUUAUGGCCCUCAAUCAAAGAAAGAAGUAUUUGAGUAAACAUGACUGCUUGUUUUUCAUUUUUAUGGUUUAUACAUGGCAAGUUUUGACAUGUUAAUUUCCUUUUAGAACACAGCCAAAUGUGUCUUGAUUAGAGAGAAUUAACCGCAAGGCUUUCUUUUUAUUUCUAUUACAUUUUUCAAGAAACCAUCUCAGUUUGGCCUUAGUCUUUGAGUGUUCUACAUUAGUACCGUAAUAGUUAUAAUGUUUCACCUACCUUGGUAUGGGGCCAGGAUUUAAAUUCUUCAUCAUAAACAUUUACUUCACCUAGACCUGUUUUCAAACCCUGUCUUUAACUAUGAGCAUGUGUAAUUUUGUGGAUUCAUAAACGUGUCCAUAUUAUACAUAAUGUUGGUGUUCAUACUUUUGAUUGGAGUUAUAAUGCAUUGAUAAGAGGCAAAGCAGGACAUAAUCUUAUUGCUCCAUCGAAAUUCUGCUGGCUUCAUUAAGCUGGAAAUGUACAUGCCUAUACAUGUUUAAAGCUAUGGAGGCUGCUAUGUCAAUCAUAAUACAAAGCAUUUGGUAAAAAAAAAUAUAUUUUUUUACUAAGCUGAUAAAAGUUGUGGGUUGUAUACACUAUAUGCUAGAUGUGAUCGAAGUACUUGUGAUAUUGCCCUACACUUUGAAUAGAAGUUUAGGUAAGCCUGAUUAAAAGAAAUGUCAAUAAUGAGGUACGAGAGAGCAAAGCAUUCUAACCCUUUAUUGUACUAUACUCGUACGUAAAGAUCAUGCAAGACAUUUUACUGUUUGGGAACAUUCACACAAAAUUAUUAAGUUCAAAUAAGAAAAACAGUGGUCUGUCAUGCUAGUGUUUCAAGAGACUUGUUUUCAGAGAAUGUAUCUUGAAUGCACUUGCCUUGGUGCUCUGUCAAGUGAAAAAUCUUCCAGUGCCACAAGACAAAAAAAGACUUUAAUCUGAGAGAGAGAGAAAAAAACCUUUAUCUGAAACAAGUCUUCGUGUCUUAAAAAGUAGGUAUAUCAAGCUUUGGAUGUUUAGAUACUUUUACUGGAAAACAAGACACCAAUUAUUUCAGUGUGGCAGUUCUCUUCAAAGUAUCCUUUGCAAAAAGUUAGUUAGUGCUGUUUUAAGAUUAUUUUUAAUACGCAAUAAAAUAACUGCCCGAUUUAUUUAUGUUGCUCUAUGGCUAUGCAGUAAGUCAAAAAGCUAUUUCUGCCAUCAUUUUGUUUUUAUACUAUUUUUUUUUUUUGUGAAUUGGAUUUACUCUUGUCUCUCUGGUAACAUUACUUUGUGCCAUUAAAUACCCAGACUGAUGCUGUUGUACUGUAAUAAUGAGUGUGUUUAAGGCAUAUUGUUUAUUUUGUGUUACUCAAAUUAUUUAAUGUUUCAUUUCAAGAAAGAAAUGUAAAAGUAUUUAGUAGGUUCUUUAAAAAAUUUAAUAUUUUGGUUGACCUCACUAGUAAAGAUGGUCAAAAAGAGUGUAACUGAUAUAUAGAUUUUAUAUAUAUAUAUAUAUAUAUAUAUAUAUAUAUAUAUAUAUAUAUAUAUAUAUAAUAUAGUAUGAGUGAUAGUUUUUAGAUAACCAAAGAACCAUAUUUUAUUUAGAGUAUCAUUAUGUACAAAUACAUUUUUUUUCCUUUCUCUAUUAUUGUUUCAAGUCAAAUAUUUAUUUGCAGUGCAGCUGUGACAUUACUAAUAUAUGAUGUAUAUUUUAUAU